CGUUACAAUCAUUCAAAAAACUCACACAUGCACGACCGUUAAAACCUAAAAUUCAAAUCACAUGAAAUCAAAAUCCCACUGUUUCUCUCCCUCCUUCAAUUCCAUUGAUUCACAUUUGCAGUAUUAUUACAUAAUUCAUGGCAGAUCAUAGCACAAACUCUUCAAUCAUGGAACCAAGGCCCCCACACCCACUUCACCAAAUCGCGGAAACACCCACUCACAAGCUCCUUCUCAAGCAAUGGCUCAAAGAGGAAGAGCUAAUCCUCAACAGAAUCUCUCUGAAAGAGACCCAAAUCGACUCGGUCCGCAAAGAAAUCACGCAACUCUACAUCUUCUUCUUCCUAUUCCACUCCCUCUCUCUGCUCCUCCUCUUCAGUUCCUCCUCCAGGGACCCGACUUCUUGCCGUAGAUCAUGGAUUCCAUCAGUGAUUUUAGUGCUCUGUUCUUUGGGGAUGGUAUGGGCUGUUCGGUACAAACUGGAGACUGAAUCGCACUUGGAGAAGUUGUUGGAGAGGGAGAAGGAGGAUGGGAAGCUGUUGGGGAAGUGUGUGGAGGAGUUGAAGAAGAAAGGAUUGGAAUUUGAUUUGUUGAAGGAAGUCGAUGCGCUUCGGAGAGCAAAGAGCCUGAGAGUUGAAGUGAAGGUUGUGAAGAAAUGGUGUGCUAGAGACUUUGUGACUCUGUUCUUCUUCUCUGUUUCAUGUCUCGUUCUUGGAUUGAUGAGGGUUAUUUUGUGUAAUUAGGACCUUCUGGGAGGGUAAUCUGGGGAUUGGAAAUGGGUUCAAUGAUUUCUAUUGAUGGUGAUUUUGUUGAUUGCAGAAUAGUUUGUUCUGCUUGUGAAAUAAUUACCGACUUUGUUAUCAAUUAUUAUAGUCAUGAAUUUGUGACACUGUUUUUGUUCUC